GUGAAACAGCCUGGUGCUACAGAUGCUGCGAAAGAGAAGUACCCCAGUGGAAAGGUGAGCGCCUCUUAUGAAAAGGCACGUGAAGCUAUGGCACGAAAUACAGGAUUUGCCGAGGGCAAGCCCUUGAAGAAGUCAGAUCAUAUUGAGAAGAAGAAGCAAGACCAUCCCAAAGGUACAAAACAUGAUAAAUAG